ACUAGAGACCUGGCUGACGGUAAACUGUGGGUGCUGAUCUGCGAUGGCUUUGGCACUCACGAAACGCUAGAAAUCCUUGAAUUUUGCCUUAGUAACAAUAUUAUGCUAUGCUGUCUCCCCUCUCACACCUUCUAUAAGCUGCAGCCCUGCGACGUUGGAGUAUUCGCGCUCUUAAAGACAGCCUAUCGCGACUAG